AGCUUGUUUUGCAAUAUCUGAGAAGACAGUGGGCCUUUUAUGUCAAUCCGCACUGUAUGGAAUGAAUAAAAGUCUAAAAAAUAGCGGCCUUUUCCCAUCGACUUUCAAUGUCGCUGCAAAGGCUGACAUCUUUGUCAACGCAACUUGCGGUGAAGACGGACCAGAAACCUUCUGCAAACCUUCUGAAUCAUCGAGAUGCGGUGUUUGCGAUGCUAGGAGCCCGGAUCCCGGCAAAAGGCAUAAUAUUAGCAACAUACUGGACUCGAGCCCUGGAAAGUGGUGGCAGAGUCCAACUCUUGCCAAAGGAGAUCACUACGAGUACGUGACCAUAGUUUUGGAUCUUAAACAGGUUUAUCAAAUAGAGUACGUAAUUGUGAAGGCAGCGAAUUCACCAAGACCAGCCGCAUGGAUUUUGGAAAAAUCUAUCGAUGGUGAAAACUUCCAACCGUGGCAGUAUUACGCACCAAGCGAUGAAGAAUGUUGGACGCGAUAUUCUGUACCUCCUGUUACCGGAAAACUUGUUUAUAUCGGGGACGACGAUGUGAUAUGCACCAGUGUUUCCUCUAGACAGACACCUAUGGAAAACGGAGAGAUCCAUACUCACCUGGUGAAUGGUAGACCUGGUGCCCUGAAUCAUAGCACGACCCUUCAGGAAUUCACGCAGGCCAGGUACGUACGGCUUCGGCUUCAGGGUCUUCGACGUAGCGGAGAGACAAUCGCGGACAAAAGGCGCGCGUUUUACUCUAUUAAAGAAAUCAACAUCGGCGGAAGAUGUCUGUGUUCUGGCCAUGCGGCAAGAUGUCGUUACAGCGUUCAACACAGACAUCAAGAAUGCGAAUGCGAGCGCCACACGUGCGGCGAAAGAUGUGAAAAAUGCUGUCCCAUGUACAAUCAGAUUCCGUGGAAACCUGGCACAGCUGCGAAGGGCUUUCACUGCGAGAAAUGCAACUGCAAUGGACAUGCAACCUCGUGCAGAUAUGAUCAGGAUGUGGCCGACAGAAAAAUGUCUAUGGACAUUCGUGGGAAAUUUCGUGGCGGUGGCGUCUGCAUUAAUUGCACAGAUCAUACAACUGGAAUCAAUUGCGAGAAGUGUCAAGUUGGUUAUUACAGACCGAACGGGGUUACCCCUGAUGCAUUUGAACCUUGCUUGCCAUGCGACUGCAACGUGCAUGGUAGCACAGGUUACUGUACCCCGGAUGAUUCCUACGUCCAUAUAGGAAAGGUAGCAGGCGCUUGCGAUUGCAAACCGGGUUAUUCGGGCUACAAGUGUGACCAGUGUGCAGCUGGUUAUCGUCAAUUCCCCGAUUGUAUGCCAUGUCCGUGCGAUUCCCGUGGAAUUCUUCCAUCUCACGAUUGCGAGGGAGACUGUCUUUGCAAGGCGAACGUCGCUGGCGAAUUAUGCAACGAGUGCAAACCAGGACACUUUGCGUUAACCAAGGAAAAUAUUGAUGGAUGCCUUCCGUGCUAUUGUUUCGGCGUUAGCGAUAGUUGUAGCAGCGCUAAAUUGUCUUAUUCUACAAUUUCCUCGAUGGAGAAUUGGUUAGUAACUGACAUGAAUGCAACUCGUGCCAUUGUUCCUAUUUUGGACACGGAUAAUGGUUGGCUCACGAUCGCAUCUUUCGAUGUCGAAUACGACAGUCCUUUCUGGUUAGCCCCGCGAAUUUAUUGCGGUAAUCGACUCUCGUCUUAUGGCAGCAAUCUUACUUAUUCUGUUAGCUGGGUCGUUAUGCGCGGUGACACCAGUGGAAAACCGAUUACAGGACCUAAUGUUAUUCUAAUAGGUAAUAAUGGUAUGCGAAUAGCUUACGGCGAAGAACAAUAUAAUGGCCAGGAAGCCGAAAUCACCGUGCCUCUACGCGAAAACGGCUGGUACCAUGUACGCAGUGAGAUUCAAGAUAUACCUACCAGGUUAAGAAGAACCGAAUUUCGUGGAGAUGCUGUUACCAGGACACAGAUGGUGAAAGUUCUCGCGGAUUUGAAAUAUCUCAUGAUAAGGGCACAAUAUCAUUCCGAGCAAAUCGAGGGCAGCUUACACUCGGCAAUUAUAUCAGUCGGAGAAAUUUCAUCCAAUGGCGAGAGUAACAAUUUGGUAGAGACAUGUGAAUGCCCCGAAGGAUACACAGGACUUUCUUGCGAAAAUUGUGCAUGGGGCUACGUAAAAUUGAUCAAAAAUGGGUCUGAUCAUCAGGAUCAUCACGUAUGCGUGAAAUGUGAUUGUAACGGACACGCGAGUACUUGUGAUCUCGUUCUUGGAGAAUGCACAAUCUGUGAGCAUAAUACAGUAGGCCCCAAAUGUGAUCGUUGCGCACCGGGUUUUUACGGUAUCGCUCUCAAAGGCACACCAACUGAUUGCAAAAGAUGUGCCUGUCCACUUUUAAUCGAGUCCAAUAAUUUUAGCCCAAAUUGUCAACUGGAUGAUCCUACUGACAUUGACAGUGGAUAUGUAUGUACACAAUGUCCAAAAGGCUACACUGGCGACCACUGUGAAAACUGCGACGUAGGAUUCUUUGGAAACCCUCUGGUACCCGGUGGUACGUGCGAGCCAUGCUUUUGCGGCGGCGGCCCCUGCGAUCAACAAACAGGGCGCUGCCUGGAGUGUCGCGGUAACACGGAAGGCUGGAAAUGCGACAAAUGUAAACCAGCUCAUUACGGAAAUCCUUUAGAACAGAACUGCUUGCCUUGCAACUGCGAUCCUCUGGGCAGCAGUUCCACCGAGUGCGAUGAGAAGAGCGGUCAGUGUCCUUGCAAGCCUUUGUUCGAGGGUCGUGACUGCUCCUCUUGCAUCGAAGGUUACGGGAACGUGACUGCAGGUUGCCGGGAAUGCGACUGCGACGUGGGUGCCCUCGACGAGGUCUGCGAUCCCGUAACUGGUGAAUGCAGGUGCGCGGAAGGUGCCCUUGGCUUCCGGUGUGAUCACUGUGACAUCGACCAUUACGGAUUAUCCGCGGAAGGCUGCACAGGAUGUCGAUGUAAUCCUAUUGGUUCAAUAACCACUGCCUGCGAUAUCAUAACAGGACAAUGUCAGUGCAAACCUCAUAUUACUGGCAGACAAUGCGAUCAAUGUAUGGUUGGUUUCUGGGGUUUGCCAAAGGGAGCAGGUUGUGCUCCUUGUGGAUGUGAUCCUAUAGGAGCAUUCAAUUCUUCUUGUCACGAUAUAGGGCAAUGUUACUGCAAACCAGGAGUGAGUGGUACACGUUGCGACGUCUGUUUACCUGGAUAUUAUGGAUUCUCAUCCAACGGAUGUCAAGUUUGUGACGCCUGUGUGCGGCCAGGUCACAUUUGUGAUCCUGAUACAGGUCGCUGCGUGUGCCCCACCCUGACCUUCGGUGAACAUUGCGACAGAUGCAGACCAGGUUCCUGGGACUUAGUCCCAGGAGUUGGUUGCAAACCUUGUGCAUGUACCCUUGGCUCUAUGAAACCUCAGUGCGACCAUCAAGGACAAUGUCCUUGCAGAAUAGGCUACGAUGGACUUAGAUGUGAAAAGUGCGCGAAAGGUUAUUAUGGUUAUCCUAGAUGUCGACCUUGCAGCUGCAGCGUGGCGGGUACUUUGCAAUGUGACAAUGGAACUUGCGAUUGCAAUGAUGAAGGACAGUGUCCUUGCAAGGAAUACGUGGUUGGAAGACAAUGUAAUCAAUGUAAAGAAGGUACGUUCGGUUUAGCAUUGAAUAAUCCAAAAGGUUGUACUGAAUGCUUCUGUUUUGGAAGAACAACUUCAUGUCAGCAAGCUGACCUUAGUUGGGGACAACGAAGAUUAACACGUCCACGAACUCUUUAUAUCAAUGACACUAUCAACGAUAUAAUAGUUUCAAAAUUUAGAUCACGAAUAUUUUUAUCUCCUAUUAACGGCGGUUUAAAUAUGACCAAUGGACUUUCAACAAUUCCUGACGUUGAAGGUGAUGUCACGAUACCAUCACAUUUGUAUUAUAAUUACCCGCUCUAUUGGAUGCUACCAGAAUCUUUUCUUGGUGACAAGGUUGUAUCCUAUGGAGGAUUUUUAAGAUUUACAACUUCAACUGAGGGUGGAAUACCUUUAAGAUCAAAUUUUCAAUAUCCAAUCGUGCAACUGCAAGGAAAUAAUAAAAUCGUCUUAGAAUACUUUUUACCUGUAUCUACGGAUACUAAUCAUUACGAAGUUAGAUUUCACGAAUCUUUAUGGCAAUUACAAAACAGGCCUGACUACAAAGUUACGAGAGAAGUUUUUAUGGUUGCUUUACAAAAUUUGCAAUAUAUUUUAGUAAAAGCCUCCGAUAAUGCAGAAUUUACAAAAACAACCUUACUAGAAGCUUCUAUAGACGCUGCAGUUUUAACUCCCACGCAUAUACCUCAACUUGCUAUUGGUAUCGAAAUUUGCCAGUGUCCUCUCCAAUAUAACAGCACAUCCUGCCAAGAUCCAAGUAUCGGAUACUAUCGAUGGUAUAACAACACAACUAUCACAUCGACCAUUGUUAUUGAUCUUAUUGGAGAAGCAAAACCCUGCCAAUGUAAUGGAAGAUCUGAUAUUUGCAAUAUAGAAACAGGACAUUGCCUGAAUUGCCAAGGAAAUACCGCAGGAUCAAGAUGCGAUGUUUGCGCAGACAGCUUCUAUGGACACCCAGACUUUGGUUGUAAACCUUGUCCCUGUCCACAAGCAGAUAAAAGAUUUUCAAACACAUGUACGGUUCUUGCCAAUGCGGAACCAACUUGCGUUUGUAAACCUGGUUACACUGGCAGAAAAUGCGAACGAUGCUCUUCCGGAUAUUAUGGAUCUCCGCAUGUUCCUGGUGGCAAAUGUAUUCCAUGUGAUUGCAACGCUGCUGGAAGUUUGAACGAUGAAUGCGAUACGGAAACAGGACAAUGCAGAUGUAGAGCUGGUUCUACGGGUCGUGAUUGCUCUAAAUGUACUGCGUAUCGUCACGUUUAUAUAAAUAACGUUUGCACAUCAUGUAACGAUAACUGUACCGGUAUAUUGCUCGACACUGUGGCUGCGCUUUCACAAAAAUUAGCAGAAGGCACCACUCAUAUAGCUAAUGGUUAUAUUCCUCCUCCGUGGGAAGAUUUAUCUUACAUUAGCUCGAAUGUAACAACAUUUCUAGAGGAAAUAAAUCUUCAGAAUAAACUAAAACAAGAAAUGAAAAAUAUACCCUGGCACGAGUAUAGAGGUCUUAUGAAACAUUUUGAAACAUUACUUAGAACUACGAAUGAACAAGCCAAACGAGGAGAUACUCUAAAGUCUAAAACCAGUGAUUUAGAGAAUAACAUAUUUAGUGCAAGAAUUGAAUUGGACAAUCUACGAAAAUAUAUAGAAGAUACAAUCUUAUUGUUAGAUCAAUAUACAAAUGAUAACAAAAGGAUAGAAAUCAAGAAAGCAUUGAAAAUGGCAAAAAUGAUUUUAAACGGUUUAAAAGAAGUAAAUUUAACGAAGAAGACAAUGGAAAUCGAAAGUUUUCUCGAGGAUGUCGCAGAAUACACUGAUUGGUUGAAUUCUUUAUAUGAUGGCACGGAACCAUUAACAAUUGCUCAAGAUGAUGCUGAAGAAUAUUCUAUAAAACUAACUGAUAUGAGAAACAUCAUAGAAAACACAAUGGAAACGCUCUUUACCUACGAUGGUUUAUACAGCAAUAUCAAUCAAACAUUUUUAGAAGCUAAAAAUCACUGUAAUGAGAUUAACACAUUAUGGAACUUAAUUAACGCAUCCGUUACUGAAGGGGAAAAGUUGACAAAUGAAACACAUGGUUUCAUCAUUGAUUUUCAAAAUAAUGUUCAAGAUCUUCCGGAACUACGAAACAAAUUAACAUACUGGUUUGAUAAAUUGAGUAUGAAGGAAGAACUACUAUACAGAUUAAAUUAUGAUUAUAAUGACACUUAUGUGAUACCUGCGAUUACACACGUGAAGAAUGUAUCAAACUACGUUAAUCAGUAUGUCAGUCUGUUUUCCGAGACAAAGAACAUCGCAGCUAGCCCGCUGAAGGCCAGUCAAGCAUACAAGAAUAUCAUCGAUAACAUAAGAACUGCAAAUAUAACAACAAUGGCAGCUAAAGAUAUUUCUGAAGAUACGUACAAUAAGACAUUUCCUGAUGGCCCCAAAUUAAAAUCACUCUUGGACAACGCCAAAGAAAUAUUAGUAGCAUCCUCCAGACAGGAGAAUAGUGCAAAUAAACAUGGAAAAUUAGUACAAAGCGCGAAUGAAGCAUUGGAAUUACAAAAGGAAGCUGUGAAUAUUUUGAAAAAUACUCUAAACAGUACUGGAAUGAAAGACAAUCAAGUCAAUGUGAAAUUGCAAAAAUUGCAAGAUGACAGUAAGAAACUGCGUGAAAAUGUUAAAAAUAUAUUAAAUGAGAACGAAAAGAUAUUAGAAAGUAUUAAAAACUCGCAGAAACUUAUUGGAGAUUACAAAGAAGGGAUUACUAACAGAUUGAAACCGAAAUUGUACGAUUUGAAACGAGAAGGCGAUUCAGAAAUUAGUUUAGCCAGUGAAAAAUUGACAGAAGCACUUAGUAAUAUGAAAAAAGCAGAUGCAAAAUUAAUAAGUUUAUCAAAUGCCGCCAUAAAAAGGAAAAUGGAAUUUGACAAAUGGAAUAAUACAUUAGCUACAAAAUUACAAAAUCUCAAAGACAAGAUUGCUGAAGCUAGAAAUACCGCUGAUGGAAUUCGUGUUUCUUUGAGAUCAGCAGAAGGGAAAGAAUGCAGUCGAUCCUACAGACCAUCCACAUUACAACCAACAUCAACAAACACAAUUGUAAUGACUUUUGCACUUCCAAAAGGGAAGAAAGAAGGCCCUCUAUUUUAUUUGCCAAGUAGCAUAAAUGAUGAUUUCCUUGCUUUAGAGAUCGUUGACAGGAGAGUGAGAUUUGUAUGGAAUGUUGGAGGAGGAACAGGAAUUCUUACACACCCUGAAACAUUACAAAGUGGCGAUCUUCAAGAUGAUACAAUCUGGUAUCGUAUAGAAGCGGAAAGGGUACGUCAUUUAGGCAAACUAUAUGUACGAAAACAAGCGUUGAUAAUGAGAGAACAUCCUUCUGUAAGGAAUUCGACAGAUUCUGAGUACGCCCGCUUUGACAUUACUACUUCAGAUCGUGUUUGGAUAGGAAAAAUUCCUAGAACAGAGCGUAAAAGAACAGAGCUUGUUGCAUCUAAUGGACUUCCAGCAUGUGUACAUCAAGUUAUUCUGGAUGGAAAACCUAUAGGUCUUUGGAAUUUCAUUACAACUGCACCGGAUAUGGCAUGUGAAGCAUGUGUGGAAGGAGUCGAAGAUGCCAGGGAUGAUAUAGCUUACAGUUUCAAUGGAGAAGGAUAUGCGGUCAGAAAUAGGGUUUCUUCAGGACCAUAUAAUAAAUAUUCAUUUGGAAUAUCAAUUAGCUUCCGAACAUUCGACGAGAAUGCCUUGCUAUUUUUGGCAAUUAAUCCAGAUAAUAACCAACACAUUAUGAUAUUCUUGCGCGAAGGAAAAGUGAUUCUGCACAUUGGUUACGGCGGUAAUGUUAGUAUGGAAAUGUCUUCAAACUUUAAAUACAAUACUGGAAACUGGACAAAGGUGGAUGCAUUUAGACAUUAUCACUUACGUAAAAACAUUGAAAAAUGUAGUUUAAGUGUAGAAGGAGAAAGCGAUAAAAGAAUUGGUGCACCUGCACCUCAACCCAAAAAAGAAGACAUUCCUGACUUCGUUCAGGCUAAAUAUUACAUCGGUGGUAUUCCACCAAGUUUUCGCGCAGAAAAGUUAAUGUUACCAUCGCAGGUUUCAUUUCUUGGCUGUAUGUCUAAUAUUGUUGUUGAAGUAGGCUAUGAUCCAAUGGCUGAACAGUAUUAUGGUGUCGAGCCGACUUGUGCAAAUAAGCCGUUAAGGAUAGUAGGAUUUUACGGAGAUGGUUAUUUACAACAUGCAGCAUAUACAUUGCGUAAAAUAAACUCCACAGUGAGUUUUUCUUUUAGAACAAUGCAAAAGGAGGCUGUACUUCUUCUUUCUACAUUCGAAGGACAAGAAGAACGUAUGCCUUUUAUACGACAUGUGAAUGAUGACUCGAUUAAGAAAAGUUACUAUUCCGUGUGCAUUAUCAAUGGACAAGUGCAAGUUCGUUUAAAUGCUGGGAGAGGAGAACUUGUUUUACAGUCAAAUGACACUUUUAAUGAUGGAAGAUAUCACUCAGUAACAGUAAUUAAAAGACGAAAAGAUGUAGAAUUGCGAAUAGAUGAUGCUUAUCAAAAGGCUGGUAAAUUACCCACUAGUGCUGCUAUUAGAGCCCCUGAAGAAAGCGGAGGAUUAUUUUUCGGAGGUUUACCAAUACUUAUUAACAAUACCAAUAUGAUUUCUACCAUCACACCUUUGUAUGGGGCCAUUAAAGACGCGAUAUUUAAUGACGAAAUUGUUCAGUUUGACGAAGCUGUCAGUUUCGAGCAUGCAUUAAUUGGCCGGCCUGGGCCGAGUAUGGGAAAAGAUCCUCCUACUUAUACACCAUCAGCAUCGCUAUCGAGAGGAAUGUCUACUCAACCAGAAGGAUGUCAAAAAGUGCCGUAUUACUCUUUGGAAGCUGGUGCUCUCAAAUUUGGAGACAAACCAAACAGCCACACGCAGCUUUAUUUAAAUUUUAAAAAAUUUUGGGAGAAGAAAUAUGCAAUAGAGUUUGAUUUCAGGACGUAUUAUCCAAACGGACUGCUGUUUAUUACUCCAGGCCAUAGACCAAAGCACUAUCUCAUGGUCGUGAUACGAGAUGGACAGCUUUUACUCUUAGUGAAAAAUAAGCAGAAGAAAGAGAUAUUGUUUAAAACACCGUUUAAUGAUGGUAACUGGCAUCAUGUAGUUAUCAGCCAUGACGAACGAAAGUUGACAUUGCUCGUUGAUUCCCAAACACCACGUACGAUUAAAGUGCCAAGAAAAAUUGGACUGGCCUCCAUGAUGUAUAUUGGAGGCUUGCCUGAAAGUGGAACACCAAUACCUGAACAAGUGGUAGUUAAACUCGAGACCUUAAAAGGAUGUAUUAGAGGAUUGAGGAUCAAUGGAAAUGUGUAUGAUAUGGUUGGUUCUACAAGUAGAGCUUAUCAAGUAGGACAAUGUUUCCCAAAUGUUGAAAGUGGAGCUUAUUUCCAGGAUGAAGCAUAUGCUAUAUAUAAGAAAAACUUUGAAUUAGGUGCCGUGUUAGAACUUCAGUUAGAAUUUAGAACAUCAGAAUUAUCGGGUGUUUUACUUUCUAUAACAGCACCUGGCAAUUCGCCUUCAGUAUCAUUGGAAUUGAAUAAUGGCAAAGUGAUAAUGUCUGGCGAUUUAGGAGAUAACAAUCCGUUAUAUGUAGAACAACGUUUCACUAGUCCAUACACGAUCUGUGACAAUCGAUGGCAUAGAAUACAAGCAGUUUUUAAUGACGAAGAAUUGGCACUAAAAGUCGAUGAGAUGGAUCAGAAGUAUGGCCUUCCAGCUAAUGUUAAUUAUCAUAUAAUGGAUUCUUCAGUCUCUGUUCCUCUAUACAUUGGUGGCUUACCAGCUUCUGCUCCAAAAGGAACAUUAUUAACAAGAGAUCAUUUCAAUGGAUGUAUAAGAAAUGUAAUGAUAGGGGGAGAAAGACGAGAUUGGACAGACAUGGACGAAUUGCAUAAUAUUCACUUGAGCUCCUGCCCAGUACAAUGAUAAUCAGUACAAUGUGUGAACUCCUCCGAGUCAUUCAGUUUAGUUCCAAAGACUGUUUAAAGAAUGCACAAUCCUCGAAAGGUUUCUGUGAACUGUAUUCAAUGCAAUUUCACACUGGGAUCAAGUGCCAUAUCAUGAUCGAAAAUUCUUUAAUCAUUAAGACAUAAGAUAAAUGAAGCCAAGAGAUGCUAGCAUUCAAACGCAUAAAGUUUACAUUGAUGUUUCUCAAACUUGUUUUAACUCUUUUAAAGUAUUUCGAUAACAAAUACUUAUAAAUAUCAAUCGAACUACUUUAUGUAUUUAUAUAUAUGUAUCUCUUCCUGAUGAUAAGCUCAUAUUUAUAUAAAAAAUAUG